AUGAAUCAGUACAAGAGGCGAACGAGACGACAGAAUAAGAAGACUAAACGUCGCCCUGCAGAGACCAAACCCCCCGGCAUCUUUGGCGUGCCCCUGCGCCAGAGUAUAACAUAUGCCAACGUCGCCAUUUCCCUAGUCGACGACAACGGCAAGUCCUACAUCUACGGCUACGUUCCGAUUGUGGUAGCUAAGUGCGGCGUAUUCCUCAAGGAGAAGGCUACUGGUGUUGAGGGAAUUUUCCGACUGAGCGGAUCGGAGAAGCGCAUCAAAGAACUCAAGCAGAUAUUCGACUCUCCGGACCGGUAUGGAAAGGGCUUGAGCUGGGAAGGAUACACAGUCCACGAUGCCGCCAAUGUCCUACGGCGGUAUCUGAACGAUCUGCCCGAGCCGGUCGUGCCCUUGGACCUCUAUGAGAAGUUCCGCGAUCCUUUGAGAGGUGCGACCAAGCAAGGAGCUGCCGAUGCCGAGGGGCCGCAGUUCAUAGACAACUUUGACCUGGACGGUGCCAUUGCUAGGUACCAGCAACUAAUCACGGAGCUGCCGCCAUUAAACCGGCAGCUGCUGCUCUACAUUCUAGACUUGCUCGCGGUAUUUGCUGCCAAGGCGGAUGAGAAUCGCAUGAACUCGCAGAAUCUGGCAGCCAUCUUCCAGCCCGGUAUGCUGUCUCACCCAGCGCACGCUAUGGCCCCAGAGGAGUACAGGCUCAACCAAUGCGUCAUCAUUUUCUUGAUCGAGAAUCAAGAUCAUUUCCUGAUUGGAAUGCAGGGCACCGCCGCGGAUGAGAAGACGGUACAGGAAGUUCAACAAGACAAAAAGACACCCAACAAGCUUCGAAAGCGGCGCUUGCCAGGAAGCUCUAACCCUAGCGCACAAAGCUCAACCGCGUCUCUCACACACUCGGCUGCAGCAUCACCUGCUGUGGAAUCUGCGAAUCCCAUGGAGCAAAUCGGAGAGGUAACAAGUGGUGAGCUCGGCGUGCCAACACCAGAGCAGAAAUCUGCAGCCGAAACUCCAUCCGAACCUACCCCUCGGGCGUCCCAGAUUCCCUCGGCCGGCAGCUUGCACCCGGUCAGCGCAGAGCACACUCUCAAGCCCAAGAACUCACCUCCUACAUCUCUGCAUAGCUCUUUCAACGAGGGAUCUGAUCUCGACCAAGUCGAGGAGCCACCAACAUCGGCAGACGCAGCUGAUCAACCCGACAAGGAGAAGAGACGUCGUUGGCGGUUGUCUCGGAGGAAGGAGGACCUGGGCUCUACCCCUCAGCCUGGUGUGACGUCGCCCCGGAAAAUCAUCACGACACACGCGGAGGCAAGCACCAGCUCUGUGGGGACUGGGUCCAAUAUGGCGCGGCGGAGCUUCACGGGCGAGUCUUCAGACCCGACCCUUAUCAGCGCCGAAGCCCUGUCCAGUCAGGACUCUGGCAGUAGGGAGGUGAAGGACGACUCGAAGGGCCUGACCGGCUGGAUCAAAAACAAGUAUCGGGAAGCUAAGGAGAAUCGUGAAGAGCGGCGCAACAAGUCACCACCGGCCGACCGAUCUCUUAAUCCGCCUCUGCUUCCCGUGAGAGGCAAGAGCUUGGACAUCAAGCGCCCGAUAGAGGAGGAGAAGGAACCAGCGCCGUCCGAGCCACAGCAGCCACUAGAACCGAAGCCGCCUCAGCCUCAGUCCCAGCCUCAGCCUUAA